UUGGUGAGCAAUGAUGAAAAACAACAAAAAAAUAAGUGAAAUAAAAAAAUGAGUGAAAAUUUUAGAAUAAAUAAAUUACAAAAAAUUUAUAGCAAACCAAAGAAUAAUAAAUAACAAGUUUAAAGUAUAAUAAUUAAACUAAGUAUAUGUAUUAAGAAAUUAAUAAGAUAAAAAAGUAAUUUUAAACAAAAGUUUAUUGAAAAAAAAAUUUUAAAAUAAAUUGUGGCAAAAAUUAUGAAAAUUUUAGCAAAAAAGUUUCUCAGAUAUUAAAACCAAAUUACAAAAAAGCAAAAAAAAAAAUCUAUUGUUCUGUGUUGUAUACUCAAACCAACUUAACCAACAUCAAGAUCCAUUCAUAGUUCCAUCCAUCCUUUAAGUUGCAACAUCAAAAGUGAAAAAUCGAUUUUAUUUUCCUUUUUAUUCGGUAAAUGUGGAUGUGUUGGUGAGUGUGUUACUCUGUGUGUGUGUGUAUUUUUAAAUUUUCUAUCUCAUUUUGCUGUAUAUUUUUCGUUUACCAAACGAACUCACAACAACAACAACAAAUUGUUACUCUUCCUGUUCCUUUUUAAAACCGACGAACAACAACACACUAUUACAAAGGAAAAACAACAACAACGAUAGCAACAUUUAAUAACAACAGCAACAAAAUUAAUGUGAAUAAAAUCAACAACUACAACAACUUUAAGAAAAUGUGUAAUUUUCAAAAGCAAUUUUCAUUAAUGAAUUAUAUUUAUAAAACUUAAGGCUACAACAACAAAAAUAAUAUUUUAAAGUUAAAAAAACAGCAACAAUUUCGACUUUGGCAUUCCUUCUCUAUGGGAUAGAAAAACAGUCAAAAUGGUACGUUAAUAAUAAAAAUACCUCCCAGCCAAAAAAAACACCAUUUGAAUUUCAAUUUCAAACAGCAUGAGAGGUCGACGUAUACCUUUACCCCUACCUAAUACGGGGACAAUGCAUCGUAAACGUAAUACUUAUUAUAUACGAGGCAUAAUUGUGAUAACUUUAGUAAUAUUUUUAUUCCUACAAUUACAUGCUUUUAAUUUUCCUGAAUCUCGUGACAACUUGUUUACAGAACCCACAAAUGAUUCAGUUGAUGCCAUAUUGUCAAUGGUGCCAUCUGUUUUACACAAAUUUCUAACACCCAAAACACGUAAUCAAACUUUAGCAGCUAGUUUACAACAUAAUGGUUCUUUAUUGAAUGGUGCUGGCGGUUCGGUUAGUUUUGUCGAUUUAUAUCAUCCACCAAAUAUAACGGAGAUUAAACGACAAAUUGCCAAAUAUAAUGAAAUGCAAUUAGUUUUAAAUGAAUAUACAUUUGGUCCGCUACAAAAUGAUUCUGUGAUAAUUGUAGUACAAGUUCACACUCGUAUUACAUACCUACGCCAUUUGAUCGUGAGCCUAGCUCAGGCUCGUGAUAUUUCUAAAGUUCUAUUAAUAUUUUCGCAUGAUUUUUAUGAUGAAGAUAUUAAUGAUUUAGUACAGAGUAUAGACUUUUGUAAAGUUAUGCAGAUAUUUUAUCCACAUUCAAUACAAACACAUCCACAUGAAUUUCCGGGCGUAGAUCCGGAUGACUGUCCACGUGAUAUUAAAAAAGAUCAAGCCAUAAUUCGUAAAUGCAAUAACGCACUAUAUCCUGAUCUAUAUGGACAUUACAGAGAGGCAAAAUUUACACAAACAAAACAUCAUUGGUGGUGGAAGGCCAAUAGGGUUUUCGAUCAAUUGGAAGUGACAAGAUAUCAUACAGGUUUAGUGUUAUUCCUGGAAGAAGAUCAUUAUGUAGCCGAAGAUUUUCUAUAUCUAUUGGAGAUGAUGCAAAGGCGAACAAAAGAUUUAUGUCCACAAUGUAACAUUUUAUCAUUAGGCACCUAUUUAAAGACAUUUAAUUAUUACACAUACAAUAGCAAGUCAAAACAAAAAUCAUAUAGCAAUCAAUAUGCUUCUUCCUCGCUGAUCUCUACUAACAAUUUAUUAGGAUAUUCGUAUCAUAGGAAUAGAAAAUCACUACAAUUAUCAUCGCAAUCAGCUUUAACAUCAUCUUCUUCUAACAAUAAUAACAAUAUUAAUAAUAGUAACAACAAUAAUAAACAUUAUAAUAGAUAUUACGAUAAUAAUAAUGAAGAUAAUAAUAUUCUAACUAAUCACAAUAAUAAAAUUAAAAAUAAUAAUAACAGUAAAUUAAAAUCAUAUGUGGGUGAUACAAAUCCAAAUAGCAAUUCACAUGGCACCUUUUCCAUCACCUCAGCAGCGAGCACUACAACUAAGAGCACUUCUCAAUCAGGUGCACAACAGACAUGGAGUUAUCAUGUCUUACCAUCAUUGUAUUCUGUCUAUCAGAAGGUAGAAGUUAUGCCCUGGAUUAGUAGUAAACAUAAUAUGGGUUUUGCAUUUAAUCGCAGCACCUGGAAUAGUAUACGAAAAUGCCGUCAACAUUUUUGUUCUUAUGACGAUUACAAUUGGGAUUGGUCAUUGCAACAUGUAUCGCAACAAUGUUUACAACACAAAUUGCAUGCAAUGAUUGUAAAAGGCCCUAGAGUUUUUCAUAUUGGUGAAUGUGGCGUCCAUCACAAAAAGAAAAAUUGUGAAUCAAAUCAAGUGAUUUCAAAAGUUCAACAGGUCUUACGUAUUGCUCGCAAAUCUGGGCAAAUAUUUCCUAAAUCAUUAACCCUUACCGUUGCUAGUCUAAUUAAAAAGACUAAAUUACGUAAAGGCAAUGGCGGUUGGGGUGAUCGUCGUGAUCAUGAACUGUGUAUGAAUAUGACUUUAAUUACUAGAUGAAUUUAAGUGUUUAGGUAAAUUUAUUAUUAUUUUUCUUUUUUUUUUAAUUUUAAAUACUUAAGCGAUAAAAGUUAAAAAAAGCGUAAACACACAUAUAAAUUAAAGGAAAUUUAAAAAAUGUGGUUGUUCACAAUUGAGGUGUUAAGAGUUAAAAGUGAUAAGCAAAAUUUAAAAUUUUAUUUACAGAAAUUUGUCUGUAAAAAUCGAAACUUUACUUAACACUUCCAUUGUUUACAAGCUUUUAGUUUUUUUCUCAAACUCACAUCACUUAUGACAACUUAAAAUAAAACAAUUUCUUUACAAAAUGUAAAACUAAAAUAAAAACUUAGUUAAUUAGCUAAAAUUAAAAGAAAUUUAAGCACAAUUUAAGAAAAUCUUAAAAGACCC